UGGCCUUGUCUUCUUCUUCUUCUUCUUCUUCCUCCUCCUCUAUAUAUUCUGUAAGUCUCACCUUCCCUCAUUUUCCCAACCACCCAUGGAGUUGCAGGUGGCCCCACCGCUCCCUCCGGCCGACUUCAUCUCCGACAGCAACUGCUCCUCCCCUAAUUACACCACCGCUCCUUCCAGCCCCCACCUCUUCCCCACCUUCUUUUUCAGCGCCCCCGCCAGCCCCUCCUCUUCCCUUCGUAACCCUACACCUCCCACCUUCCCCGAUGCCGCCGGUGCCGGUAACAAUACAGAUUUCGAGUUCGAUUUCAGUGGCCAUUUGCAGAGGACUUCUCUUUCUGCCGACGAACUCUUCGACGGCGGCAAAAUCCGCCCUCUGAAGCCUCCGCCGUCACCCCCGUUGAAGUCUGCCCAAGGCCUCGAAUCAUCUUCCUCCACCAGGUCCAAGGGAAAGAAAAUCGUUCAGGAGCAGAGAGAUUUUGAUUUUGACUCGUUUGUGAAAAGCAGAAAAGUGGAAGAACGAGUAGAGGAGGAGCAACAGAAGCGAGGGAGAUCGGGAAGGGCUUCUUCGUUCUCGUGUUCGUCUACGAGUUCUGGACGUAAAGGAAUUAGCAGAUCCGUGCCUCCUUUCAGAAACUCGAACGCGGACGACGUCUCCGAUCAGGACUUCUCCCAGGCAGCUAAAGCAAUUUCUUCCUCAACAAGCAAUAAUACAAAAUCAUCACACGCUUCGUUCUUGUCGUCACUUUCGUUCACGAAAGGGUACAGCAAAUGGAGGCUAAAAGAUUUUCUGCUGUUCCGGAGUGCGUCGGAGGGACGAGCCGCCGGAAAAGACCCGUUGAGGAAAUACACAGUCCUGUCGAAGAAGGUUGAGGAGGAAGUGAGGAACAGCAGUUUCCGGUCCACGGAGAGCUUCGGUUCGGUCUCGUCUAGAAGGAGAGGACCGGUUUCGGCGCAUGAAUUGCACUACACAGUGAACCGGGCGGCAUCGGAGGAGAUGAAGAAGAAGACGGUGUUGCCUUACAAGCAGCUCGGACCAUUAGGCUGCCUCGGCUUCAAUCCUAGUCUUCAUCAGAUCGCUGGCUAGGGACAUUGAAUCCCUUCGUAUAUAUAUAUAUAUAUAUAUACACACACACAUAUAUAAAUCCACAUUCUCGUUUCAUCUAUCUACGUACUUGAUCUUCUUCUUCUCCAUCAUCCUUUUUUUUUUUUUGGGUUAAAUUUGAUUUUGGUGUAGCGUGGUAGGUGAUCUUUCAUCUUGUUUCUAUUUCUCUGUAUCAGAUAAUAAUUGUGCUAUUUACAUACAAGACAUGCACAAAAAGAUCACCAAAAGUAAUUUUGGUUUUUUAAUUAAAUUAUGAUAUCUUUUGGAUGACAAAA